CCUCCUCCUCCCUGCCUCACUCAGCAGCACUCAGUGGUAUGCUCCACUCAUCUUCACUCCCCUCUCUCUCUCUGUCUCUCUCUCUCUCUCUUUUUCUUUCUCUCCCUCUCUCUCUCCCCCCAAUCUCAUCCUCAGUAGUCUCCACAGCGGAGCUAGACACUGGUGCAUCGUCGGUCCACACACAUGCACCCGUGUGUGUUUUGUGGGCGCCGGGCUUUCUCUUGAGAACGCUCACCGUUGGAGUGUGUGCAAGUGCGUGAGCUGAUGAUCUGCGUGAGAAUGUGUGCGUGAGUGUGUCCUGGAGCAUAUUUUGUAUGGAGGAGCAUGUGUGUGGAGUGAUAGACAGCAGCGUGAGGAUGCGUGGUGGGCAGGUGUUGUCGUGGUGAUCAGUGGAGUUUUCGGUGUACUAUCGUCGUGCAGUCUGCCUCCAGCUCCCAUUUGGUUAUCUCGUGAGGGUAAAAAGCAUCCUGCUGGGAUGUCCACCUCGCCUGGUGCAACAGACGGGAGCCAAAGGAACUCUUUGGAGCUAGAUGCCGAGCAUGCACAGAGAGUCCCCGGGGCAGAACAAGGAGGAGUCCCACCCGCCCAGGUCAAGCUGAAAGAGAGGCAGAAGUUCUUUGAGGAGGCAUUUCAGCAAGACAUGGAGCAGUACCUGUCUACCGGCUACCUGCAGAUCGCCGAGAGGAGAGAGCCAAUAGGAAGCAUGUCGUCCAUGGAGGUGAACGUGGACAUGCUGGAGCAGAUGGAUCUGAUGGACAUGUCUGACCAUGAAGCCCUGGAUGUGUUUCUGCACUCAGGGGGGGAGGACAACAGCGCUGUCUCGCCUGUCACGGGUCCAGAUGUUGAGUCCUUCACCACAGAGAUCAGUCUCCAGGUCCCCACCCAGGCUGAGCUACGCCACAAGCUCUCUUCCCUCUCAUCCACCUGCACCGACUCAGCCAGCCAGGACACAGAGGCCGGGGAGGAGGACGACGAGGAAGAGGACGAGGAGAAUGAGCAAGGAGGAUCUGGGGGAGGAGGAGGAGGAAGGAGGAGAAGACCCCCAGUGGUGGUGACACUGGAUGAAGAGGAGGUGCACCCCGACACAGCACUAGUGGACCAAGAGGACCAGAACAGCAAAGACUGUGAGGAGAGCAGACCGAAGGUUUGAGGAGGGAUGGACUGGAUUUCACCACAAACACACAAAUCAAACAUAACUAUAUUGGCUUCCUUCUCAACUCCUUUCAUACGGAAGAAAAACAUAUGAAAGAAACACUGAGGUUGCACUAACUGCCAAAUGACCUUGCCUUAAAAGAUCACUAACGUGAGCUUUUUCAAUUCUAAUCGAAUCCUGUAAAAUAAGUUUGAGUUCCCUUCAGCGUAAAUAGCAUUGAAUGGCUUAACAUGCACAUAAAUAGUUUGACAUUAUUUAGAGAAUGCUCUAAUAUUUUUGUGUUUGUGCAUGUUGAGACCAGAGGAGGCUGAGAAGUGAUAGAGAGAAGUAUACACUAAAAUCAUCCACGUGUUUCCUGUUUGUAGUUCUUUGUUUUCAUGCUCCAUGCUAACACUUAACAUUUCAAAUGCUGCCAGACUGCAGCUGUUGAGCAUUAAUAGUUUAGUUUCAUAGUUUAAAUAUGAGUAUGAAUGUCAAAGACUGUCAGCAGGUCUGUCUUCAAGACGUUUCAUUUUUCAAACUUACCGCAGGCCACACAAGUAAAAGAAGUUUUUAAUUAUUAGAAGAAAAUCUUUGGAGUUGUCACCCACUCACCCUUAGUGGCAUCCAGCCAUGCAGAUAGUUUUCAUUUUAUUUCCCAAAGUUUGGACAUAUCUGUCAUCAGUGCAGCCACCCCAAAUGCAACAAAGGUAAAAGGAAUGUCAUGUUUAAUGCUAAAACCAUCCAAAAAAAAAUGACAUUAAAAAAGUUUAACAACGACGUGUCUUUCCAGAAAUAACUUCCUGGUCAUGCUUAAUUCACAGACUUCAUUGUCGUAUAAAAACCUGUGCUAACAUGAAUAGAUUUCUUCUCUUUUUUUUUUGUAAAUUGGGUGAAUUGACCUUUAACACAGCAAAUACUAAAUCAUUUGCACAGAGCACUUGACAAAUGACCUGCAAGGAGCACAUGGAUGAAUUUUUUUAUGACUUAGUGGAUAAGCUGAACCCCCAAAGGUUGUUGUAUUUCUUUGACUGGUUUAUGAUCUAGACUGCUAUAUUUUAAAUGUUAACUACCAAUUAGAUAAUACUUUAGUAGCACUGGCUUUGUUAAACAUGGUGUAAUAACUGGCAGUCACCUGGCAGUAGGUUAGAUACCACAUAGUACUGUAUAGCUGACAGACUGGUGGAGAUCAGUGAUUUAACACACACACACACACACACACACACACACACACACACACACACACACACACAGAGGAGAGUUACCCAUUGCCAUUCCUUUGACCAAAUAAUAUGUGGGUGAACUUCUCUUUUUGAACGAGGACCAAAUCUCUGUUUGGACUGUGUGCUAUGCACUGGACAUGACCCAGAAGGUUUAAGUGUAUCCAGAUUUUUUUGUACAGAAAUGUUGACAUUUGUGCGAUGUGACAGCAUUACUCCUUCCUUUCUUUUCCCCUGCCUACAAUUUCUGACUUGUUGGUAAUAAAUGUUUCUCCCCCAG